CCUCCCCCGUUACUGGCAGCCUAGUCUCCGCUGUCAGUGUGUCCGGGUCCCGGGAUGAUGAUGGAGAAUCUCCUGGAGAACCCGGUGCGCGCCGUGCUGUAUCUGCGGGAACUAACCACCAUCGUGCAAAACCAGCAGAGCCUCAUCCACACCCAGCGGCAGCGCAUCGACGAGCUGGAGCGGCGCUUGGACCAGCUGGGCAGCGAGAACCGGAGCCUCCGGGAUGUGCAUCAGGCGGCGCAGCAGCAGAGCCCGAACCCGACCCAACAGCCGCCACAGAGCCACAGCGCCCCCGAGAGCCCGGCACACGUCCAGGCGCUCACCCCGACGCAUCAGCAUCCGCCGCCUGCCCCGCACAGCGAGCCCGAGCCGGAGCCCGCACCGAGCGCUGCGCCCCGGAGCUCCCCGCAGAUCCAGCACAAGCCCGCGACCCUGUGCAAGGCCAUUCUGGGAAGGAAAACCGAGAAUGAGACUGUCUUGCACCAGUUCUGUUGCCCUGUUGCAGAUGCAGAGCAGAAACCAUCUCCACCGAGUGAUGACUCCGCCAGUAAGAAGCUGUUGUGUACCGCCUGGGACAUCCGGGAAGGUGACAGUCAGAUGAACAGCACUUCCAAACAGCCUGGAGAAGAGGAGAUGCUGACCAAGGCCAGUCUGCACCAUACUGGCUCCCCGGUCCGAAUACAGCGAGGGAAGAAUGCGGCCACCUGCUCUCAUGGGACAAAUAAAUCGGAUUAUGAGUUGUCCUUGGACCUUAAGAACAAACAGAUUGAGAUGCUUGAGCACAAGUAUGGGGGGCACCUAGUAUCUCGCAGGGCAGCCUGUACCAUCCAGACAGCAUUUCGACAAUACCAGCUAAGCAAGAACUUUGAAAAGAUCCGAGACUCCUUGCUACAAAGUCGCCUCCCCCGACGCAUUUCCUUGCGAAAGAUUCGAGUACAUAACCCAGAGAGUUUCCCUUCUGCUGAAAAAGCUCUGUUGGAAAGCUACAAUUUGAUGGGUAUCCCUCUAGUGAGGUCUCCCUCCCUCCCAGCUACUAUCAGUGGGGCAUUAACUGAGCUUGAAGACUCCUUCACUGAACAGGUCCAGUCUCUUGCCAAAUCUAUUGAUGAUGCCCUCAGCACUUGGAGCCUGAAGACCAUGUGUGCCUUCCCUGAGGCAGGCUCCUACCAGAUACGGGAGACCUUUAUGCAGCAGAAUCCAGAACUGGAGCCACCUAAACUAGAAGAAGGAGAAAGGGAGGAUAGCCAACUGGGGACUUUACCUAAAAGUAGCAGUACAUUAAUGAUGGCUUUCCGUGAUGUUACAGUUCAGAUAGACAAUAAUAAUAUUUCAGUAUCCUCCUCUACUUCCCUCUCCAUGUCCAACUGCUUGGCCGGGACUCAGAACUCUAAAAUGGAGGAGGAGAGAGUCAGUGUCAGUGGAGAAGUUACUUCGGAGCCUCCUUCCCAGGAAACUACCCAUGAGACACACGUUGUACAGAACUCCUUUCCUGAGGUGAAUGGUAAUGGGGUUGGGAAGGAAUUAGUUGGACCUGUUCCUACUGAAACUGAAACUACUGACCUCUCAGAACAGUUGAGCAGCAGUAGCACCUCCACCUCUGCUAAGUCUGUAUCUGAGGUGUCUUCUAAGGAGGCCUUGCAAGCCAUGAUCCUCAGCCUUCCUCGGUACUAUUGCGAGAACCCUGCCAGCUGCCGAUCACCAACUCUCUCAACUGAUACAAUGAGGAAGAGACUGUACCGCAUCGGGCUGAACCUGUUCAAUAUUAAUCCUGAUAAAGGCAUCCAGUUCUUAAUCUCUCGCGGUUUCAUCCCAGAUACCCCCAUUGGGGUUGCACAUUUCCUGCUACAGAGGAAAGGACUAAGCCGACAAAUGAUUGGCGAAUUCCUUGGGAACAGCAAGAAGCAAUUCAACCGGGAUGUUCUUGACUGUGUGGUGGAUGAAAUGGAUUUUUCCAACAUGGAGCUGGAUGAGGCUCUGCGGAAGUUCCAGGCACACAUCCGAGUGCAGGGUGAGGCACAGAAGGUGGAACGUUUGAUAGAAGCCUUCAGCCAGCGGUACUGUAUGUGUAACCCAGACAUCGUUCAACAGUUCCACAACCCGGACACCAUCUUUAUCUUGGCAUUUGCCGUUAUCCUUCUCAACACGGACAUGUACAGCCCCAGCAUCAAACCCGACCGCAAGAUGAUGCUAGAAGAUUUUAUACGCAACCUCAGAGGGGUGGAUGACGGAGCAGACAUUCCCCGAGAAAUGGUGGUAGGCAUCUAUGAACGAAUCCAACAGAAGGAACUGAAAUCUAACGAGGAUCACGUGACCUAUGUAACAAAGGUGGAAAAUUCUAUUGUGGGCAUGAAGAGCGUGCUCUCAGUUCCUCACAGACGUCUCGUUUGCUGCAGCCGCCUUUAUGAAGUGACCGAUGUGCAUAAAGUACAGAAACAAGCAGCACACCAACGAGAGGUCUUCCUGUUUAAUGACCUGCUAUUGAUCUUAAAGCUUUGUCCAAAAAAGAAGACUUCCUCAACCUACACGUUCUGCCGGGCGGUGCCGCUCCUGGGGAUGCAGUUUCAUCUUUUUGAAAAUGAAUAUUACCCGCAUGGGAUCACACUGGUCAGCCCACUCUCAGGUUCAGAGAAGAAAUUAGUUUUGCAUUUUUGUGCACUUGGUGCUGAGGAACUACAGAAAUUCCUGGAGGAUCUAAAGGAGUCCAUUUGUGAAGUGACAGAGAUGGAACAGAUCCGUAUUGAAUGGGAAUUGGAGAAGCAGCAUGGGGUAAGGACUGCCCCCAUUAGGACAAACGGGUCUCAGUUGGACCUUCAGUGCACGCAGGAAUCCCCCAUUGGUAAGCACGAGUCACCUGAGAAGGACACAGACAGCGUGAUGGAGGUGUCAAUUCACAACAGGCUUCAGACGUCCCAGCACAGCGGCCCCCAGGGGCCAGAGAAUGGAGCUCCGGGCAGCACGGCUCCUAAUGGGCAGCGGGAGGCUCUGCAGGCUGCCCCCUCCGACCGGCUCCUGCAGUGUCAGCAGAUUGUCAAGGUGAUUGUGCUGGACGCACCCGGUCGGGCAUUGCCUGCCAUCGACCAGACUGUCACCCGCUACCUGUCUGGGUCCUGCUCCUCUACUCCCGUGCGCAGUGUGGGAGGAACUGUCCACCAACCCCCUCUACCCCCGCCCCCUCCUCCUUAUAACCACCCUCACCAAUACUGCCCCCCAGGGGUCUUACUUAGAGAACGCAGGUAUUCUAGUGGUUCCCGUAGUCUUGUGUAGUCACUGGGACAGGCUUUCCAGGACUGAUCUGCCUGCACACUUACCAAGUAUUGCACAUGUAGCGCUUCCUGCCCACUCUAUCCUGCCUGUAUUAACUGGCACCCAUCCUUGCACUCUCACCGCCCCCUGCACAUGCUAAAACAGGCUGUUCUUGCACACUCACUUAUAUUUAUCUCAUACAGUAUGUUCAUCUACUUGCCCUUGCACAAUUAGCUAGCCCAACCCCUGCCCCACUUCCAAAGAGUUGAGUUUGUGAAUUUUUAGUAGACUUGAUGCCCUCUAACCAAUAUUUUUAUUGUGGAAGAACCUUUGUAAUGAUCAGCACGCCCAAGACAAUCCUCCCACAGUCAGCCCUGACCCCCAACCUCCCAUUCGCCUCACUUGGGAUUCUCCUGUCCAUUGCACAACUAGAUUUUGCUGCAUUGCCCUUUCUGCUCUCAGUUGGACGUCAGGUACAAGAAGAUUUUGGAAAGAUUUGGAGUUGUUACAAUGGGACAAACUGUGAGAAUUAUGGGACCCCAUGUGUCAUUCUGAUCAUCA